UCAGCACCGACCAGACGCGACACCGACGUUCCAACGUCUUCGUCGGCGCUGACGUCAACUUGAACAGCAGUCAGAACAUGACGUCACAGGACGUGGGUGGGGAGGGGUACAUCACCCCAGGGGACGGGCGCAGUCUGGAGAAGGAUAUAGCCACAGCCUUCCAUAUGGCCAGCAUCACCAUCUUAUCGAUACUAGUGUUUGAGACAAUACUGAAGGCACUAUGUGCAGGCACAGACUUCUUCCACAGAAAACUAGAGACUUUUGACCUGGUCAUCGUGCUGGUGUCCUUUGUUGUGGACCUGGUGUGUAUGCAGAUUAUGCCGGCCAUGAAGAUCCAGGACUUUGUUUUUAUACUGGCCAUGUUACUGCCGUGGCGGGUCAUUCGUGUCGUCAACAGUCUUGUUGUGGCCGUCCAGGACCACGAGCACUUCCGGUUGAAGCUCAUCUACGGCAGGAAGAAAAAAAUCGUCAACAGCUUGAGGGAAUCAGAGAUCAAACUCCAACUGUUUAGGGCCCAAUGUAACGCACUAAAGAGACUUUGCUUCAACGAGGGUAUAGACGAGAGUAAAAUAGACCAGAUACUCAUGGUGGAGGAGUGUGUAGUUAAUAAAGCUGGGAAAAGCAAAUGCAAAAUCAAGAUCGACAACUCAAGUGUGAUUCUUCUGAACGACAAAAGCGACUUUCCUCGGUUGUCGCCCCGACCCUCGCUUCUAAAUUUAGCUGCGGACAAAUUCGGACGCCGGAAGUCCAUGUUGCCCCAGUGUCUGACCGGCAUGGACCGAGACAUGUGUCUGACCGGCAUGGACCGAGACAUGUGUCUCACCAACUCUAAAGACAGCCAGGCUAAGGGCAUCUUGAAGCCGAGGGCGCGAUCCAACUCGGAGAGUGGGCGGGGCACGCUGAGCUCGCCCGAGGACCCGCCCACUCACUCCCACCUGAUGGCGGAGGAGAAGUGCUACGGGGGGCUGAACACGCCCAUCAUCAUCAACAGGAAGAGCAGCCUGAGCUCGCCCAUCAUGGCCACGCACGUCCGCAACAUCCUCAACUCACUAGAGGACCGGUGCAACCAGAUGAACGGCAGCUGUAGCAGGAUCCCCGGGGGGCGGGGCAGCCUGGACGCCGGGAGUCUCACGGAGGAGAAGGAAGUGACGACAAAGAGGUGGGAGAGGCGGGUGCACUCGAUCGACGAGUCCCCCCACGAGGCGUACAGCUGCAGCAGACGGGCGUCCUUACAGCCGCAGCACUGUGUGGACGAGGACGAUGGCGUCCUGCCCCCAGUGGGGUUCCUGUCCACGGGGUCACCGAGUGCCAGAGGUCUUUCAUUGACGUCGUCUGCGCUGGAAGCGGGCGAGAACUCAUCCCUUCAAACCCCGCGGUUUUUCAUCCCCACAACGAUCCAGAUCGACCCCCCCUCCAACAACUCUAACUACAGCCUCACGUCCUCCUCUAGUUCUGGAAGUAACAAAAGCACGCGCUACGAGCAGAAGAGAAUUACUACUUCCGGUAACACGAAUUACGGUUCCAUAUCAUCAAAAGAAGCGCCAACAUCCACUGUGGUGGAAAUCAACUCCCAGAACGCCAACAGCUGCACACCGCCAGACGUAGCACUGCACCCUGUGUCAACAGAGGCGCCAAAAAACUUUCCUCGGUCGUCUGCCAGCCCGCCUCGACUCUCGUCUGCUGGGGAUGCUGUGCUGCCAGUGAGUGGGACCCCCACGGGGGCGGGCAACUACCCCGCCUCCCCCUCCCCCAACCACCUGAAACCCAAGACUCUACGAACGCCGUCAGACAUUGAGAACGAGAACAACCUGACCCAGUCGGAGUCCUCAGACGUCUGCGAGUCCCGCAGCAACGAUGACGUCACCAGGAACACAUCCAUAGAGGAGAUCGACGACGAGUUCGACAACACCGAAUCCAUAGUAUCGAUCUCAGAAAAGGACGCGGCGGUUCUGUCCGGCGAUACCGUUGUUCAGAACUGUAUUCGAACCGUGACAGUGGAUCGAUACCACGACGAGGAAUCGGAGAACGAAAUAUCUGCCGGAUCGCCCAGUAGCGAUAAGUCGACGCUAGAUGACGUCAGCAUGUUUAGGACAGGGACGAUGACGGCGGCUACGUACCUGGUAAACAUGGCUGACCAUGACCUUAACUCCGACUCGACAUCCAAUUUACUGAGUUAACCAGUCACGCUUGACCACCCACUGGCCAUAUGAUAGCCGGGCGGUAUCGAUAUUCUGUAGCUAGUAGACACGGUGUUGCUUCAAAUCGCUUAGCUUUUCAACUUCAUCUUUUGUAGGUAGUGACGUUUUUAAAACUUAACACACGUUGUUGAUAAAAGAUGAAGCUAAAUAAAACCUGACUCGUCUGUGUUGGGCCGGCAUCACAACACACUACACACCUGACCUGGAUUUCCCCGGUGUAAACAAGGUAACUACCUACACGGUUACUCGUGGAUUUCUGUCUUUGGCGAGAGAUGGAUUCUGUGGAUGUGAUUGGAUUGUGUUAUUUAUAAACAAUUUAAAAUUUGUAAACUAUUUCUCCCAAUAUUUAUGAUUUUACUAGCGAGCAACUAAUUAGCAAUCCUCAUUAACUAUUAACUAUCAUUGUUGUGUCUGAAAUGGCGCUGAAUUGACUACUAUUAACUUAUUCAGAUGUAUAUGUCGGAAAUGUUCUUUUUAUAGUAAAUAUUUAACUAAAAAUGCAAUUUAACAAAGUAGAAAAAAAUGUAUAUGGUUAUGGUAACAAUUAUUUUCUUUAAGCAAUGAUCGCUUUCA